AUUGAAGAAGGAGGGCCAAGAACAAACAAGUGGGCUGCGUAUGCGUAUUGUACACGAUGUUGGCGUGCAAUCCUAUUCCGCACUAGCAACAACGACGUGGAGAAGCACAUGUCGAAGUACCACAAUGACGCACUUGACGAAUUUCGAAGACUGAACAGCGACGACACCGAGGGUCCAACUUGGUCCAGCAGCGACACCAACGCGAGUCAAGUUGUGGAUGGUAAUAAGAAGCCCGGCCUUUGCGAGAUUACGGUUGAGCAGCAGCAGAAAGUGAACGUGCUAAUUGCAAAGUGGAUAGCAGCCCAUUUUCGUCCUCUUCUCAUGGUUGAAGAUGACGGAUUCGUUACGUUUAUCAAGUUUGUGACGGAGGACAUUUGUGGAAUAAAGCUACGCUUCCCAUGA